AUGGCUGAUGACGACCGUCGCGUCAAGCGCUCGCGCUUUGACCAGACUGAGCCUGAGCUUCGGCGCUCCCGUUUCGAUCGCCGCUCGCGGUCUCCGUCUGGUAGACAAUCGGAACCCACUCGCACUCGCAGCCCACUGAGCCGUGAACCGCGUAGCCCCGCGGGCACCGGAUCGGGAAAAGACUCCCCUGCUGAUCCGGCAGCAGCAGCUGCGGCCGCUGCGGCUAAGAUCAAUGCUCAGUUGCAAGCCAAAAAGGGCAUUCAGCAUAUUGAUGUUCCUCCCAUCAUGUCGAGCGCAAGCCCUGGCAUGCCAUCAGACUCACCCUCGAACCAGAAUGGCUCUGACAAGCCCAAUCACGAAGUUUACGUUGCCGACGGAGACUACAUCAAAGACAUCGAGAUCAAUGACUUGCGCAACCGCUACACCCUCACCAAGGGCUCUACUCAGAAGAUGAUUAAAGACGAAACUGGCGCCGAUGUCACGACCCGAGGAAACUAUUACCCGGACAAGAACAUGGCCACGGCCGCGAAACCCCCACUUUACCUUCAUGUGACCAGCACCAGCAAGGAAGGUCUCGACAAGGCCAUCCAGAUCAUCGACGACAUGAUGAAGAAAGAGCUCCCCAAUUUGGUUGACGAACGACGAUUCCGUCGUCCCCAACGGGAGGAAGUCGAGAGGGACGAAUAUGGCCGCCGCAAAUGGCCAGAUGAGCGCAUCCCCAUCGAUCUUGAACCCAUUCCGGGAUUUAACCUGCGUGCCCAGGUUGUCGGCCAGGGUGGUCAGUAUGUGAAGCAUAUUCAGUCCUCGACCGGCUGCCGUGUUCAGAUCAAGGGCCGGAAUUCUGGCUUUAUCGAGAACUCCACUGGUCAUGAGAGCGAUGAGCCUAUGUACCUGCACGUUGCUGGCCCUGAUCCUGCUCAAGUUGAACGUGCUAAGGAACUCUGCGAAGAUCUCAUUAAAAACGUCACUAUUGCCUAUGAGGAGCACAGGGACAACCCCCCUCAGCGCGGUUAUGGAAACCACGGCGAUCGCGGUGGCCGUGGCGGCGGUGAUCGUUAUCAGGGCGGCGGUGGCCGCGGAGGAUAUGGAGGUGGCUACGACCGUCGUGACAAUCGCAGCCGUCAAUCUCCCGGCCCUUCGGCUAGUCCCACCUCCCAGGCCGCUCCUGCAGCUGGCAAUGCCACAGACUAUGCUGCUCAGUACGCCCAAUACUAUGGAGCUGACCCUUAUGCUGCCUAUGGUGGUUACGAAAAUUACGUCGCCUAUUAUAACUACUACCAGCAGUAUGCCGCCGCUCAGCAACAACAACAGCAACAGUCCCAAAGCCCUGCUCCUCCCCCUCCCGCGAGUGAGGCCCCCCCUCCGCCUCCCCCGGGUUCUGGAUCUCCUCCCCCUCCUCCCGGUACCGGACCUCCUGGUACCGGUGCGGGCGGCUACGGCAUGCCUCCUCCCAGCGGUCCUCCUCCGCCGGGCUAUUAG